GGAUUUUGUUGGGUACAUCGAGUCCAUGCUUCAGCUGAGCCAGGUCAAAACUUAUCAAAAAUACAUCUAUAAAGUCAUAAUGAACAACAACAGAGGAACCAAAGUUCGAGUGGUCUUUUGGAGCAACAAGGCUGUCGAGUGGAGCUCGAAACUUUCCCUGUAUCAGAUCAUCGAGGUCACAGGUUGCACCGUGGCAGAUGUUAAGUUCCAAUAUGAUUCUGAUCUAAAAGGAGUAAUCGCUCCCCAGGAGCUCCAUGUUCAGGAAUUCAGUACUAUCAACGUUCUCGGGAUGUUCAACCAAGCUAAUGCCAUCGUUGAACAAGAAGUCAUCUACACAGAAACAUCAAUUGAAACUUGCUUGGAGCAUGGCAGACAGCCCAUCGAAUGA